CAAGCCUCCUAAAAACCUCAAUAGUACUAUAGCUUAGCAAUAAAGUGGCAACUUAUCAAACCUUUACCAUGUAUAGCAAUAAAGUGGCAACUUAUCAAACCUUUAUCAUGUUUACUAUAAUUGGCAAAAUACUUUCGUCUCUUUUUAAUAAGAAGAGUACUAACGUUUAAGUAUACCUUUGAUUAAACAUAACCUAUCUAAAAUUAAUCGCGCGUUUUUCAUAAUUGUUCUUUUGCAAAUUGAUCUCGUAAUUAGAAGGUACAUUAAGUUAAAUUCUUAUAUAUAUUAUAAUUUAAUCUUGAUUUUCAUUUUUAUAUUAAUUUCUAGAUUAAUAAUAAUUCAAGAAUAUUUCAAGAUUAAUUCAAGAAAAUUGUUCCUAGUUUAAUUCAAGAAAAUACCAAUUGAAAUAAAAUCGAAAGUUUACCAGAUUGUAUUUUAUUCUGAGUUCGAUAUUUAUUAUUUGGAAACCAAACUUGAAGUGGAACAACAUUAUUUUAUUUCAAUUGAAUUAAUUUCGUCAAGAUGGAAUAUAAUUGCUCAUUAAAGACAUGCAACGAAGCAGAUACGGAGGAGAUGGUGGCCUGUGAAAAGUGCAAGCGAUGGUGGCAUUUUACUUGUGUCAACUUUAAUCAGGACUUAUACUCUACUGCUGAUCCGUGGUAUUGCGAGGAAACCGAUUGCGAAGUCAGAGAAGAUCCUAAGGAAACAGGUUCUGAUAAAGAAACUGAAGGAGAUCCAAUAACAGGUAAAGGUUUAGAUGUAGUUGCCACUGUAGAUUUGCUAUUAGAAGCUGCUGCGACUGCUCAAGCAGCUGCUGCAGAAAAAGAUGUAGAAUUAAAUUCUCUACGAAAUGAAUUAAGGGAAGCGAAACAAAAGUUAGAUAGCGUUUCCAUUCCAAGCCAUCCACAAGCGAAAAUAUCUUCCAUUUCCGAUCAGGCUGCUUUAAAGACAUUUGCUGAUAAAAGGUUAGAUAUGAUAAAAACAAUUCAGGCGAAUCAUCAAUCACUAUUAAAGAAUUUAAGUCAACAUCAAUCCACUCCAAUUCGUGCUGGGGCUACAAAUCAAGAAAGCUUUCAAGACUCUUCAUCUAUUCAUCAUUCCGACAUGGCCAGUCUCCUUACCAUUCUAAAUAGGAGCAAUGUACAAGAAUUGCCUAGCUUUUCCGGAAGUAAUAAGCGGGAGUGGCCUUAUUUCGAAGAGGUGUUUAAAUCCACAACAGUAGAAGGAAAGUAUAAUGGCAAGGAAAACGUGGCUCGACUUCGAAAGGCUCUUAAAGGGGAAGCAUAUCAGUUAGUUAGUGAUCGUCUGAAAUAUUCAACCGAUGACGGAGCGAUAAUGGAUUCUUUGCGUUCUAUAUUCGGUCGUCCUGAUGUUUUAGUUCACGGCUUGACAGCCGAUCUUCUUAAGCUUCCGUCUUUAAAGUCAAAGUGUGAUCCUAAUCUACACAUAUGGGCCGUUAAGUUAAACGGGUUUGUAGCUGAUUUGAAGUCAAUUAAUAGGGGGGAUGAUCUUUUGAAUGGUUAUGUUUUGACCGACUUGUCGUGUAAGUUAGGACCUGGUCUUUACCAAGAUUGGAGAAAAAAGCAAAUGUUAACUCCUCAAGUUUCGAUUGAAGACUUUGCAAAUUUUCUUACGCAGAAGGUUAUCGACCUACCACCCGAGUUAGUUAAACCUUUAGAAACUUCUCUUCCUAGAAAAUCGCAGAAAAUUACAAAUCGAGUGCUCACCCAUCAGCCACUGCCUACAACAGCUUUAAAUGCAUCUUGUGUUAAAUGUGGUCACAAACAACAUAUGCUCAGUGAAUGUGACGAGUUUAAAUCAAUGGCUCCAGAAACAAGGUUAUCUUUUGCACGCGAGCGAAAGAUAUGUUUUCGUUGUUUAGAUCCUGUUGAACAUGAUUGGAGAUCGUGUUCGAAGAAGAAGACUUGUGGAUUAUCUGGGUGCGUUGGACGUCAUCAUCCACUUUUACAUCAAACACCUGUGCCUCAUACCAAGGAGUUAAAUGUGUCAGCUGUUCCUUACGUUCCAAAUCCAAAUUUUAAUUCAUCUCAUAUAGGAUCUAAGAUGCCAGUGAUGUUUAAGAUAGUCCCUAUACGAAUCUAUGGAAAGGAAAAGUUCAUUGACACCUUUGCAUUUUUAGACGACGGUUCUUCGUUGACUAUGGUGGAAAAGGAUUUAUUUGAUGAACUUGGACUCGAUGGUCAUGAAGAAAUGCUUACCCUUCAAUGGACGAAGGGUGUUUCUAGAAGUGAAGAGUCCAUAAGAACUAACCUAGCUGUUUCUGGCGUCCAAAAUAAUAAACGUCAUUUUUUAAAAAAUGUUUAUACGGUGAAAGGGUUGGAGCUUCCAGUUCAGUCGAUUGAUACUUCCAAAUUGAAAGAAAAGUACCCACAUUUGCGAGGGCUUCCGCUUACAGAUUUAGUGGAUGCAAAGCCGAAGAUUCUGGUUGGUUUAGAUCAAGCCAAGUUUCUACUAGGGCAUGGUCAAAGACACGGAAAAGACGACGAGCCUUGUGCUUUAAAAACUCUCCUGGGAUGGAUAGUUUAUGGAAAAUCCGCUCCUAUGAUUAGAGCAACUUGCGCUCAGGAUGUUGCCAAACCAACAAUGCGAUUUCUAUUCCAUGACGCCAUCAAAACUGAAGAUGAACUUCACGAAUUAGUUAAGCGCCACUUCACUACCGAGGAGUUUGGUGUUAUGCCACCGAAAGGAGACUUGGUGAGCAAAGAAGAAUCUCGGGCUCUGAGCAUCAUGGAGGGUACGAUAAAAUAUGUGAAUAACCGUUACGAAAUUGGAUUGUUAUGGAGUGCCGACAACAUUAAGUUACCUGAUAGCUACUCCAUGGCUCUAAAUCGACUUAUCACUUUGGAAAAAUCUUUAAAGAAAAAACCACAGCUGUUAGAAUGGAAGAAUAAUCAUAUGCAGAAUCUAUUAUCCAAAGGGUACGCGAGAAUUGCUACUGAAGAAGAGCUUAAAAAGGAUUGGCCACGUGUAUGGUAUCCUCCUACUUUCGUAAUUGAAAAUCCAAAUAAGUUUCCAAUCAAGCCCAGAGAUGUUGCCGACUUUGCCGCAAAGGUACGUGGUGUCGCAUUAAAUACCUAUCUAUUGAAAGGUCCUGACAAUCUAGUUUCUCUUCAUGCCGGCAUUUUUAAGCUUCGAGAACGCAAGAUCGCCGUGAACGCUGACGUGAAAGAAAUGUUUCAUCAGAUAAGAAUUAAAGCGGAAGAUCAACAAUGUCAGCGCGUUCUGUGGAGGAAUGGAGAUGUCACCAAAAGGCCUACAGUUUACAUCAUGGAGGUAAUGAUGUUCGGCCCGAGAUGUUCUCCUACAUGCGCCCAAUUCGUAAAGAACUUUCAUGCGAAUAAGUUCAAAGAUGAAUUCCCAGAGGCAGUAGAUGGUUUAGUAAACAGAACUUAUGUUGACGAUUACUUCAACAGUCAUGACACCAUAGAAGAAGCUUUAUCAGUUACAAAGGAUGCCAUUCAAAUAUGCAAAUCAAUGAGUUUCGACUUGGUUGGUGUUCAAUCAAAUAGCCUUGAAUUUUUGAAGCAACUUCCCCAGAAUAAUGUUAAUGCUAGGCUGAUCAGCAUGGACCCAAGUGAAUCUGAAAGCCAUGUUACAAAGGUCUUAGGUUUAUAUUGGCUUCCUUCUUCCGAUCUUCUUACGUAUAGAAUUUCAGAUGAUGGAUUAUUUGAGAAGAUGUCCAACUUAGAGUGUUCAAUAACAAAACGAGAAAUACUUAGAAUCAUCAUGCGAAUUUUUGAUCCUCUAGGACUCAUCUCACUCUAUAUAAUCAGAGGUCGAAUUAUUCUACAAGAUAUUUGGCGGGAAGGAUUCGAUUGGGAUGAACCUGUCUCAAAGCAUUUAAAGGAGCAAUGGCUCAUAUUCAUUAAGGAAUUAAUGGGUAUUGAGAAGCUGAAAAUUCCCCGUUUAUAUGUUUCAUGGUCACCUAGCUGUUCUGAAGCUAGUCUCAUAGUUUUUGCUGAUGCUUCUGAAAAGGCGUUUGCUGCAGUUUCAUACUUCCGUUUUGAAAAGGAGGAUGCUGUUGAAGUAGCUCUGGUUAUGGCAAAGGCUAAGGUGGCGCCUGUAAAAAAGUUGUCUGUACCGCGCUUGGAACUGCAAGCAGCGGUUCUAGGUGUGCGUUUAGCAUUAACUGUCAGAGCUUCUCAUUCUAUUUCUAUUCGCGAAGUUAUCUUCCUCUCCGAUUCAAGAACAGUUUUAUCAUGGAUCAACUCAACCGAUUUUAAAUUUCCUUCAUUUGUUGCAGUGAGGGUCGGAGAGAUUUUAGACUCAACUACACCUCGACAAUGGUUUCACGUGAGCUCGGCAGACAAUGUUGCUGAUGAUGCGACAAAAUGGAGCGAUUCUAGUAUGGGAGAUUAUGAUGCGAGGUGGUUCAAAGGACCUAAUUUUCUAAAGGACCCAUUUAGAUUGUGGCCCGUUAAACCAAGUAAUAACUUAGAACCUAUGUUUUGCGAACCUGAUUCUAGUGUUAUGGUUCACACUAGCUCCGAUAAGAUUUCUUUUCGAGUUUUCGAUGAGUUAAAAGGUAGAUUCAAAGCAAAUUGGGGUUCCUCUGUGAGAACGAUUGCAUUUAUACUUCGAUUCAUAGACUGUUACUUUAAAAGAGAAACUGAAAAGAAACAUUUCGUCACUCCAUCUGAAUUCUACAGAGCAGAAGAUUGGCUUUUCAGAAAAAUUCAGCAGGAUGUUUAUCAUGAAGAAUAUAUGUCGCUCCGAAGAACUAAGACCGUUGAAAGCUCCAGUAGCAUUUACACCUUAUCUCCGUUUCUGGAUUCCGAAGGCACCAUUCGUAUGAGCUCAAGAGCACAAAAGGCAUUGAUUUCUUAUGCUUCACGAAACCCUGCUAUUUUACCUAAAGAUCAUCCUCUAGUCGAAACAUUUAUUAAAUAUUAUCAUGAUCGUAAUUUUCAUACUGGAACUUCCGGAAUCAUUUCCGAUAUUCGAGAACGGGCAUGGAUCAUCAACAUAAGAGUAGCUGUUCAAAGAGUCAAGUCCAAGUGUAAUACGUGCAAACGCAUAGCAGCCAAGCCAAUAAUGCCAUUGAUGGGCCAGCUUCCAAUUUCUCGUCUUUCUUUUGAUUCCAAGCCAUUUACUCAUGUAGGAGUCGAUUGUUUUGGUCCGUUGCUAGUCAAAUUCGGAAGGGGAACAGCAAAGAGGUAUGGAAUGAUAUUUACCUGCCUUACGUUUAGAGCCGUUCAAAUCGAACUGCUAAAUGAUCUUUCGUUAGACCAAUGCACUAUGGCGCUUCGUCGAUUUUUGAUCAAUCGAGUCGUCACUAAGUUUUUAUAUAGUGAUAAUGGGCUGAACUUCAUAGGCACAAAGAAUCUUUUGGAAAAAGAUAUUAAGGAGAUGGAAGAAGCUCUAAGUGAAUAUUCGGCUAAAUAUGAAAAGAUACUUUGGCAAUUCAUUCCUGCGUAUUCGCCAUGGAUGGGUGGAGCAUGGGAGAGACUGAUUCAAUCAAUAAAAAUUACUGUCGAAUUCAUUUUAAAAGGGGUCGUUCCAAGAGAAGAUGUUCUGCGAAAUGCGCUCAUUGAAGCCCAGGGGCAAAUUAACCGACGUCCCCUAACACACAUUCCAGUUGACCCCGAAGAUCCAAGGCCUCUUACACCUAACUCUAUGCUUUUCGGAGAUGAUGAUAGAAAUGUUACUGCACCCGGAGUUUUUUAUGAGAGUGAUAUUAACAGCAGACUGUAUAGUCGAAGGGCGCAGCAUUUAAUGAUGGAAUUUACAAAAAGAUGGUAUACAGAAUAUUUACCUGAAAUAGCUAGACGCUCUAAGUGGCAUAAAAACAUCAAGCCUGUGGUUGAAGGAAGUAUCGUCAUAUUGGUAGAGCCAAACGAUAUUCGUGAAUCUUGGAAAAUGGGUAGGGUGACAAAGGUUUAUCCUGGACCGGACGGAGUAGUAAGAAUUUGUGAUGUGCGAUUACCAAAUGGAGCUAUAAGACUUAAGAGAUCCGUUGGACGGCUUGCUGUGCUUGAUGUUCUGUCUUCAUCCUAGUCUUCAGACGGGCCCCGGAAUGUCAUCAAGCCUCCUAAAAACCUCAAUAGUACUAUAGCUUAGCAAUAAAGUGGCAACUUAUCAAACCUUUACCAUGUAUAGCAAUAAAGUGGCAACUUAUCAAACCUUUAUCAUGUUUACUAUAAUUGGCAAAAUACUUUCGUCUCUUUUUAAUAAGAAGAGUACUAACGUUUAAGUAUACCUUUGAUUAAACAUAACCUAUCUAAAAUUAAUCGCGCGUUUUUCAUAAUUGUUCUUUUGCAAAUUGAUCUCGUAAUUAGA